AUGAAUCACUUCCAGACCAUCCUGAGUCAGGUCCGGAUGCUGCUCUCCAGCCAUCGGCCGAGCCAAGUGCAGGCGCUUCUGGACAACCUGCUGGCAGAGGAUCUUCUCUCCAGGGAGUACCACUAUGCCCUGCUCCAUGAGCCUGACGGUGAGGCUCUGGCCAGGAAGAUCUCCUUGACCCUGAUGGAGAAAGGAGACCCAGACCUGGCCCCUUUGGGGUGGAUCUGGAGUGGGCUGCAGGCCCCGGCAGCCGAGAGGGACUCCGGCUACAAGGACCCUGGGGAAAGAAGAAACAGAGGCUACCCAGAAGUGACCAACCCCAGUCCCCAGGUGGGAAGUGGUGGAGGCUGGAUUUGA